UCCCUUCCACGCCUCCAGCCUCCUCACUCGAUCUCGUCCUCUUGCUGCGCGCGCCAUUGCCGUCGUCUUCGCCUCGCCGGUUCGACGACCAGAGCUAGCUAGACCGAGGCAGCGAGCUCAGGAGAUGGCGGCGGCGGAGGAGCUCCACUUCCUGUUGGUUCCGCUCGCGGCGCAGGGCCACAUCAUCCCGAUGGUGGAAGUGGGGCGCCUCCUCGCGGCCCGGGGCGCGCGCGUCACCGUCGUCACCACGCCGGUCAACGCCGCGCGGAACAGGGCGGCCGUGGAGGGAGCGCGGAGGGAAGGCGUGGAGAUCGAGCUCACCGAGGUCGCGUUCCCCGGCCGGGAGUUCGGCCUUCCGGACGGCGUGGAGAACAUGGACCAGCUGGUGGACUUGGCCAUGUACCAGGCGUUCUUCAAGGCCUUCUGGAGCAUGGAGGCGGCGCUGGAGGAGUACGUGCGGGCGCUGCCUCGCCGGCCGGACUGCCUCGUCGCCGACGCCUGCAACCCGUGGACGGCGCCCGUCUGCGACCGACUCGGCAUCCCGCGCCUCGUCAUGCACUGCCCGUCGGCCUACUUCCUUCUCGCCGUCCACUGUCUCGCCAAGCACGGCGUGUACGACCGCGUCGUCGACCACCUGGAGCCGUUCGAGGUGCCGGCCUUCCCGGUGCGCGCCGUCGGAAACAAGGCCACGUUCCACGGCUUCUUCAAGUGGCCCGGCGCGGAGAAGUUCGACCACGACGUGGACGAGGCCGAGGCCACCGCCGACGGCCUGCUCAUCAACACGUUCCGCGACAUCGAGGGCGUCUUCGUGGACGCCUACGCGGCGGCGCUCGGCCGGACGACGUGGGCAAUCGGGCCGACGUGCGCCGCCAGGUUGGACGCCGAAGCCAGCGCCAGCCGGGGCAACCGCGCCGACGUCGACGCCGGCCGGAUCGUGUCGUGGCUCGACGCCCGGCCGCCGGAGUCCGUGCUGUACGUCAGCUUCGGCAGCCUCGCGCACCUCCGGCCCAAGCAGGUAAUCGAGCUCGCCCUUGGCCUCGAGGCGUCGGGGCGGCCAUUCAUCUGGGCGAUCAAGGAGGCCAAGCUCGCCGCCGUGAGCGAGUGGCUCGACGGCGAGGGGUACGAGGAGCGCGUCGGCGACAGGGGCCUCCUGGUGCGCGGGUGGGCGCCGCAGGUGACCAUCCUCUCCCACCCGGCGGCGGGCGGGUUCGUCACCCACUGCGGGUGGAACGCGACGCUGGAGGCCAUCUCCCACGGCGUGCCGACGCUGACGUGGCCCAUCUUCUCCGACCAGUUCAGCAGCGAGCGGCUACUCGUGGACGUGCUCGGCGUCGGCGUCAGGUCGGGCGUGAAGGUGCCCACCCUGUUCCUCCCCGCGGAGGCCGAGGGUGUGCACGUUGCCAGCGCCGACGUCGUCAAGGUGGUGACCGAGCUGAUGGACGGCGGAGCGGAAGGCGCGGCGAGGAGGGCGCGCGCCAAGGAGUUCGCCGCGAAGGCGACGGCGGCGGUGGAGGAAGGUGGGUCGUCGCACGCCGACCUGACGGACAUGAUCGGCUACAUCUCGGAGCUGUCGACGAAGAAGCAGCUCGGAGAGAAGAGCACCAACAACACCGAAGCAGAUGCUGCCUUGUCAGUAGUACCAUCCUAGAUCGAUACUGUAAUUUUUCGGCAAGAUUAUUAUAACAUUUUUUUGCUAUUUGGCAGUCUACUGCCCUUUUUGGUAUCCAUUGGUUGAUUUUAUCGACCCUUCGAUCUGAAAUAAUCGACUGCCCUUUGCUUUGUGGUU